AUCUCAUUAUUAUUUGUUUGUUUACAUCUACUACUACUUGUUUCUUUCUCUUUGCUCCUUCAAAUCACUCUAUUUCUCAUCCACUACUUUUUCUUUUUAUCUUCACGUAACUCUUACUGCUAUAAUUGUUACCUUUAUACUUUCAUCUCUCUUUUUAAUUUUCUCUACCUUAAUUCUACUUCUUUUAUGGCUAACUUUAGCUUCAUCCUUGGCAUAAUUGGGAAUGUCAUCUCCAUACUUAUGUUCGCUGCUCCAAUAAAAACAUUCAAAAGGAUAAUGAAGAAGAAAUCAACAGAGGAUUUUAAAGGGAUACCAUAUAUUACAACACUAUUGAGCACAUGUUUGUGGACAUUUUAUGGGUUACUCAAACCUGGAGGUUUACUAGUGGUCACAGUCAAUGGUAGUGGGGCCAUAUUGCACAUCAUAUAUGUCACUCUCUUUCUCAUUUAUGCUCCCGAACCUCUCAAGAUUCAAUCAAUGAAAUUGGUGGCUAUAAUAGAUAUAGCAUUUCUUGGGGCUGUAAUAGCAAUCACUUUAGUAGCUGUGCACGGAACCACUCGACUCACAUUAGUCGGAUUUUUAUGCGCUGCUUUGAAUAUUGGCAUGUAUGCAGCUCCUCUAGCAGCUACGAGGACAGUGAUAAAGAUGAAGAGUGUAGAGUACAUGCCAUUUUUCCUUUCCUUUUUCCAGUUCCUUAAUGGAGGGGUAUGGACUGCUUAUGCAGUUCUUGUCAAAGAUUAUUUUAUUGGAGUGCCAAAUGGGAUAGGCUUCAUAUUGGGCGCGGCCCAAUUAAUCCUGUACUUUAUGUACUACAAGUCAAGCCCAACAAAAUCCACAGAAGAAAAAGGCUCGGCCCAUCUUAUGAAAAGAGAAAUUCAAAUGAAAGAUGUUAAUGGAGCCCAUGAAAAUGAGAACAGUAGAAAUCUUCACAAAUGGAAAAGCCUGCCCAAGCCAUCCUUAGUUCGUCAAUAUAGUGAAAAACUAGUAAAGACUCUCUCAAAUACCCCAUCUUCUUUGGGCUCACACAAUGUACAUGAUAUUGAAAAAGGCCUCAAAGAAGCCCACUAAAUUUCUAAUUUUAUUCACGAAAUUGGCCCAACUAUUUUUUUCUUAUUGGGCCGAAGCUCUAAAUCUGAGCUCGCUAUUUUUCUUCUUUUCUUUUGGUGUGUUUUUAUUAAGGAGAUUAAUAUAAAUAAUAAAGUUUAAUGUCUA